AUGGAGAAUGCCAAGCACUUUGUUUUAGUUCAUGGACUAGGUCAUGGAGCAUGGUCCUGGUACAAGAUUGUCGCCCUCCUCAAAUCAGCUGGUCACCGUGUCACUGCUUUAGACCUUGGUGCUAGUGGAGUCAACCCAUCAAAGUUUGACGAGAUUUGCUCAUUUUCUAACUAUGUGCUGCCAUUGAUGGAUUUCAUGGCCACUUUACCUGAAGAUGAGAAGGUAAUUUUAGUGGGUCACAGUUUUGGUGGCUAUGGCAUUUCUCUGGCCAUGGAGAUCUUUCCGAAGAAGAUCUUGGUAGCAGUUUAUGUCACAGCCUUCAUGCCAAAUCACGUCUCCCCACCAGCAAUUCUUCUACAAGAGUUCUUCAACAGAACCUCAGUCGAGUCUCAGUUGGAUUUCCAGUUAUCAUUUGACAAUGGACCAGAAAACCUACCUAUUUCAGGAUUUGGAAUUAGCAAAAAUGCUGGUAAGACCCGGUCGGUUUUUUUGAUGGACUUGGCAAAUGAAUCUCUACUGACAGAAGAGAAAUUCGGGUCAGUCAAGAGGGUUUUUAUUGUUUGUGAAGCUGAUGAGUUGCUGAAGAAAGAUUUCCAGGAAUGGUUCAUCGAGAGGAGCCCAACUAAAGAUGUAAAGUUCAUAGCAGGAGCUGAUCAUAUGGCCAUGAUCUCAAAACCCAAAGAACUUUGCCUCUGUUUCCAGAAGAUAGCUGAUAAAUAUUAUCGAACCUGUCACCAAGAAGGCCUUGUGCUUACGUAG